GUAUUCGCAUUGCGAACCUUCAACAUGGUUAAACUGACGCUUUACGGCAUUGAUCCCAGUCCGCCAGUGCGCGCCGUCAAAAUGACGCUGGCAGCACUGCAAAUCGCUUAUAAAUAUGUUCAGGUGAAUGUGCUGAAGGGAGAGCAGCUGUCGCCGGCUUAUCUGGAAAAGAAUCCUCAGCAUACGGUGCCCAUGUUGGAGGAUGAUUCGGCGCGGUUUUGGGACUCGCAUGCGAUAAUGGCGUAUCUGGUUCGUAAAUAUGCCAAGGAUGAUGCGCUGUAUCCCAAGGAUUACUACAAGCGCGCCCUUGUCGAUCAGCGAUUGCACUUUGAAUCUGGCGUUGUAUUUGCCAAUGCUUUGAUAAGCAUCACCAAAAUGGUCCUUUUCCAUGGCAAGACUGAGGUGCCCAAAGAGCGUUUGGAGGCCAUUGUUGAGGCCUAUGAGUUUGUGGAGGUUUUCCUCAAGGAUCAGGACUACAUAGCUGGAGAUCAACUGACCAUUGCUGACUUUAGUCUUAUCGCAUCGAUCAGUUCAAUGGUGGCCUAUGUCGAAAUUGAUUCUAUUAAAUAUCCAAAACUCACCGCUUGGAUAAAUCGCAUGCAACAGUUUCCAUUCUAUGCGGAAAAUGAGAAAGGUGCUCGUCUUUUUGUGGCUUCAGUUAAGAAGGCCAAGUUUACAGUGGCACCAUAAGUUUUGAGUAAGGGCAAAAUGAUAAAAUGAAUAUCUAAUAAAAACAACAAACAAAAUCGCUAAAAGCUUUGCUAUUGACAAAUCUCUUAAGCGUUCUUCUAAAAUCGAAAUACUCCCUUAAAUUUAAUG